AUGUACAAGAAAGAUAAAAUAAGAAUAUUUUACUGGCUUAGAAAUCACCCAACCUGCAGAGCCCCCAAAAAAAAUGGGCAUAUUACAGACAAGAGAGAAGAGGUCCUUGUCAGAGAGAUUGACAUUCGUGAUCCAUUGCACAAAAACUAUGGAGAAGCAAAGACUAUCUGGAAGGAUAACCUUAAGGCAGUAAACAAUGUUGAUUGUAGUGCUGGUGAUGUUGUGCUGGUAUCAAUCAAGAAGAAGUACAAGACUUUGAUAAAGAAGUUCAAAGAAAGACAGACUUGUGUGCCUGAGUCAUCCCGUUUGCAGAUGGCACUUUCUGAGAAAGACAGGCUCAUGAUGGAGCUCAUUAAUCUGGUCAGUGUCAACAAGACCAAAACAGCCAAGGUGUAUGCUGAGAAGGAACACAUCAUUCAAGAGAGGUCAACUAGUGCAAUCCACUCAGUAGUGAAGGGUGGGCUGCACGCAGCAAAAAAGUUGCGAGUGGAAAAUGGUGAGGGACCCUCAACCCAGGUUCCAGUGAGCCCAGUUGUACCUUCAACUUCUGCGGCCUAUCUGUUCUUGUCUCUGAAGGAGCAAGUGGUGGACGCGGUCAGCACAAAGGUGGACAAGAACAUCCUUUUGUUCAUUCAGAGUGUUGAAGGGGCUGUCAAGGACAUUCGAGAUGAUGAGAAUGUCUUGGAGAUUGAUAGCAAACUGGACAAAGUACUUGAAGAAUUAUCCAGUAUGAAAACUGAGAUCAGAGAGGGCUCUCUCAGGGUUGAGAAGACAAUAGAAAAGCUUAUAGCCUUUAUUGCUGCAUUUGUGUCUUCUACAACACAACCACCCCCACAAUAA